AUGAAAAGAAAAUCCCAGCACGAGAUGUUCGAUAAUCCGCUGAAUAUCCAUGAGGGGACCCUCGAUGUCCAUGUGCAUCAAAUAAAGGGAGUUAUAGCAGACACAGCCGAGGUAUUUUUAACCUUGCAAGUCGACUACUUGGGCGGAUUUUUCACCAGAGUUUUCACAAGUGACAUCGCAAAAAUGAACAAAGACCUAAUUUUUGAUCAGAAGUUUGAACUAUCAUUGAAUUGUUCUCAAACGUUGAGGAUCAACGCCUACAAACGUAUCCCAAGCACGUUCCAGGAUUUCCAGUUUUUCGCUAUGGGUACAUUCGAACUCCAAAGACCAACUAUCGGCGAUCAAUACUGCUUGGUUACCGUCCCGUUGAUACCAGCCGAUUCAAGACUACACCUGAUCAUGUCAGUGCGACUUUACUCUCACGAAUUCACAGAGAAUAAGUGGACUGUGUUGGAUUCCGCUAACGACGAUGUUCUACGUCUGUGGCGCAUGCGUGGAAAAGUGUUCGGCCAAUGCAUAAAGGAUGUUUUGAAGCGUGAAGAGCGAAAGAUUCCCCUGAUUGUAACGAGCUGUAUUAAAGAAAUAGAAGAAAGAGGUUUGGACUCGUCAUUUAUUUACGUAAUGCGUGGAGAUGACACAAGGGUGAAUGAUCUAGUUGCCGUCUUUGAUAUAUGUAGCUUUACAGCAUCUUAUUACAUCAAACAGGCAAGAUACACACCUUACGACAUAGCAGAAGUACUGACGCGUUACCUGAGGUCUCUACCGCAUUCUAUUCUACUGUGUCCAAAUAAUUACCUGCCUGUGUUCACUUUAGAGGAUACUACUGUGAAGGUGCGGAUGGUUGCCUUUCUCUUGACGAAUAUCCCGGAACCUGGUCGCUCGGUGUUUUCUUAUUUAUUGGAUCACAUGGCAAAAGUGUGUCUGAACGAACCGAGAAACCGAGUGACGCCCACCAUAAUGGGUGGCAUAUUUAGCCCUGUAAUCCUCGACUCAGAUGUGACGUUAACUCUCGAGGAGUACAUGAGAAAACGGAAUCAUUUCGCCAGCAUCUUGAAAUGUAUGAUAGAACUCAAACUGCAAGGCUAUAAACUUGAUAAUACUCAAACAUGAAUAACAACAACAACAACAACAACAACAAUAAUAAUA